AUGACUUCAGCUGGCCUUUGCAAAUACGCCUUCACUAUUAAACCAAGCAAUUCCCCAGCAAGAUCAACAACUUUCACUUCAAAAUCAUCAUCGAGUGUUUUUAGUGUUCGAGCAGUGCAGGAAGACGAGGGACGAAGGCGACUAGUUGACAUAAUACGGAUAAUACCCGAGGCUUCCCGAAAUUACUUUAGAAGUCCCUCGAGAAGGGCACUGUUUGGAGGUAUAUCCCUUUUGGGCGGUUUUUAUGUUGCCCAGACGAUAUCUCUGUCUUUCGGAGCUUUAGGGGUUAAUGACGUUAUUGCUGCUGUUCUAUGUGUUCUGAUCACCGAAUACGUGACCAGGUUUUAUUAUAGCAGGCCAAAAGUCACUUUUCCUCUUGCCCUUUUGAAUAAUUUCAAAAUGGGUUUUACUUAUGGUCUUUUUAUCGAUGCUUUUAAACUCGCGAGUUGA